UCACUACCACUAUAAAGUCACAACCCCGAUUUCUAUGGCAGACGUCUGAAUCAAUUACCAGUUUUACCCACGUAUAUAUACACAAAAUUUCUUUUCUCCAGGGCUAGUAUUGUCAGUUAAUGGAAUCCGGGAAAAUCAAGAAGGGUGCUGGAGGGAGGAAGGGCGGAGGCCCAAAGAAGAAGCCGGUAACUCGGUCCGUCAGAGCCGGUUUGCAAUUCCCAGUCGGAAGAAUUGGUCGGUACUUGAAGAAGGGCCGGUAUGCUCAGCGGGUCGGUACCGGAGCUCCGGUUUACUUGGCUGCCGUCCUUGAAUAUCUCGCUGCCGAGGUGUUGGAGUUGGCUGGCAAUGCAGCCAGGGACAACAAGAAGAACAGGAUUAUCCCAAGGCACGUAUUACUGGCAGUGAGGAACGAUGAGGAGCUUGGGAAAUUGUUGCAAGGAGUCACCAUUGCUCACGGUGGCGUGCUUCCGAACAUUAAUCCAGUGCUGCUGCCAAAGAAAACUGGUGGAGACAAGGCAACUAAGGAACCAAAAUCCCCUUCAAAGGCUACCAAAUCUCCUAAGAAAGCUGCUGCUUAGCACAAUUAACAUGUAUCUUACUCUUAUCUGACUCUUCCUUUUGUAUGAAAAUUGUGGGCUUAGAAUGUGUUCUUUUGAUGGUUAUUAGGUGUAUUGGUAGGGUAAAAAGGAAGAUUGUAUGCUGAUGGUUGUGUUGUUUUGGGAUCUUCUUUAAUUAUGUUAAUGAAAGAAACUUCUGGUUUCCAGUAUC